AUGAUCAGUAUUUUACUGACAAAGCACCUUGAAACGCGACCUCGACGUCUUCUUGCAAUAAAUUGUGGAUUCUUCGUGAUCGCUUCAUUCUAUGACCUUGCUUUCGAUAUCAGCUACUUGAGUAUCGUCAACAGAGACCAGAUCAGCGUACAGGAGUGUUCUGCUAUCCGAAACUUCGUCUACAAUCCCAUUGCCACACAGGCUUUUGUUGAUGCCCUUGAACGAUUCCUGAAGGCGUUCUUCGAUUACGACAUCCCUCUAGCCGAAGUUUUCGCCCUCUAUUGCCUAUUUCCACUGAUUUGCAUCGCAAUGGCCAUCUACAACACAUUUUUUUCAUCGAGCCUUUCACAGAAUGACGACGUUUGUGCUACAGUACGACGAACCGCUUGGACCAAUAUUGCACUUAUUCUGAUCCAAUGGGGUUCUGCAAUUGUCGCCUUCGUUAUGUAUGUGGCAAUUUGGGGAAAAGUUCGUCGCAUUCGAAAAAUAGACAUUACCACAAACAAGCCAACCAGCGACGGUCCAUCCAAGAUGACCACUACUCUCUACUACUGGAAUAACAAUAUAGUCAGCGUAUUCUUCAUUAGUUGCUUAUUGCCCCUCGUGUUGGCCAUUCCAAGUACUAUUUUCACGAUCCUUACUGAAUACAACAUUUACCAAAACCCUGUUGUCAACAUCAUCGGAGUAGUAAUUCUUGACGCUACAACGCCUAUCACUUGGACUCUUUACAUCCUUUGCAUUGCUCACAUUCGUCGAAGCAUUGUCGACUAGCAGAUGGAAGCUAUGGGACAAAUGCCUACGACUGCAAGCCUUCCAACAUCGGUCGAAACAGUCCAUUUGCCGACCAUAUUAACUACUUUACCUAUUCAUAUAUUAACCGCCGUAUUCAUUACUAUCGUGAUGAUCAGUAUUUUACUGACAAAGCACCUUGAAACGCGACCUCGACGUCUUCUUGCUAUAAAUUGCGGAUUCUUUGUGAUCGCUUCAUUCUAUGAUCUUGCUUUCGAUAUCAGUUACUUGAGUAUCGUCAACAGAGAUCAGAUCAGCGUGCAGGAGUGUUCUGCUAUCCGAAACUUCGUCUACAAUCCCAUUGCCACACAGGCUUUUGUUGAUGCCUUUGAACGAUUCUUGAAGGCGUUCUUCGACCACGACAUCCCUCUGGCUGAAGUUUUCGCUCUCUACUGCCUGUUUCCACUGACUUGUAUCGCACUGGCCAUCUACAACACAUUCAUUUCUUCGACCCUUUCACAGAACGACGACGUUUGUGCUACAGUACGACGUACCGGUUGGACCAAUAUUGCACUUAUCCUGAUCCAGUGGGGUUCUGCAGUUAUCGCCUUCGUGAUGUAUGUGGCCGUCUGGGGAAAAGUUCGUAGCAUUCGAAAAAUAGACAUUACCACAACCAAGCCAACCAGCGACGGUCCAUCCAAGAUGACCACUACUUUCUAUUACUGGAACAACAACUUAGUCAAUGUAUUCUUCAUAAGUUGCUUAUUGCCCCUCGUGUUGGCCAUUCCAAGUACUAUUUUCACAAUCCUUACUGAAUACAACAUCUAUCAAAACCAUGUUGUCAACAUCAUCGGAGUAGUAAUUCUUGACACUACAACGCCUAUCACUUGGAUUCUUUAUAUCCUUUGCAUUGAACACAUUCGCCUAAGCAUUAUGGACUGUAUUCGCUGCAGAGCUCGACAACCGCGGGAAACUUCAAUCACAAAAAUCACUUUGGAAACAUUCUAA